AUGGGUAAAAUAAAUCUUGUGAAUCUUCCAGAUGACCUGUUGUGUUCUCAGAUUUUAACAAGAAUCCCUUUGAAAGAAGCUGUUCGCUUUUCUGCGGUUUCCCGAAAAUGGUGCAAAGUCUGGACUCGGUUACCCCAUCUCAAGUUCACUGAUGAGUUUUUUAAUUCUAUUUCUACAAAUGCAAAUAUGGCUGAAGAUAUAAUUAACAAGAUUAUUCAUAUGCAAUGUGUUAACCUGGAAAGUUUUGAACUUCACAAUUGUGACCGGUGUGAAAGCAGCAUUCACAAAUGGCUUUUAUGGAUUUCUUUGUCAGGUGUGAAGUGCUUACAUCUUAAAAGCAGUACAAUUAGAAUGCAGAUGGAGGUUUCAGAGUCCAUCUUUUCAUGUAUGACACUUACCUCUCUGUCUCUUGAGUAUUUUAAGAUAACAGAGGUGCCGGCUCGAUUUCUUGGUUUCUCUCAACUUGUAUCCCUUUAUCUUGAUCAAGUUGAGCUAAGUGAGCAAGCAUUUGAGGUGAUUUUAAAAUUAUGUGGCUGCCUUCAAUAUUUGACUGUAGACGCUUGUAGUUCGCCUUCAAAUUUUCUAAUAAUUUCCUCCACUCUCAAGUCCCUUGCUCUUGUUCGACUAGAUAAAACUUGUUUAGUGGAAGUAAAUUGCCCAAGAUUGGAAAGCAUUAAAGUUUGUCAAAUCCUUGAAUUGGUAAUCGUGAACAUUUGUUUACCUGUAUGUGUCCAUUUGGAAGCUGACUUCCAUCAUCUUCAGCAUUUUGUAACAGUAAAAUCGUUGAGGAAAGUUAUCUAUUUUGAAGUAUAUUCAAUGAAUGGUGAAAGCUAUCAUUCGGUUGUUUUGUUGUGCUCUCGCAUUAUGAAAGGCGCUCCUUUGUUGAAAACAGUCAGAAUCAACUUGGUUAACAGCAUACAGAUCUUCGAGCCUGACGAGAUUGAUUAUUUUCUUCGAACUGUAAAUGGUCUCCUAUGUCUUGCUGGGGAUUCUCCAAAAGUCAGAUUUUCACUCUCAUGGGGUAGUACGGCCAAGUGA